AGUUUGAUUUGGAGAUCCGGGAUCGUAAAGGAACAGAAAAUCAAGUGGCAGAUCACUUAUCCAGAUUAGAAAAACGGAACCAUGUGGCUGAAGGGGGUGCAAUCAAAGAAACAUUCCCUGAUGAGCAGUUAUUGGCAAUCACCUCAAGCACAGCUCCGUGGUAUGCAGACUAUGUGAACUUUAUUGCAAGUGGGGUGACACCACCAGAAUUGACACCAGACAAUAGAAGAAGGUUCUUGCAUGACGUGAGGCUCUACAUGUGGGAUGAGCCAUUCUUAUACAGGCUCUGUGCUGAUCAGUUGGUGCGGAGGUGUGUUCCUGAGGAAGAAAUGAGUUCCAUACUUCAUAGCUGUCACUCCUCGCCAUACGGGGGUCAUCACGGUGGAGACAGAACCGCUGCUGCAAUCAGGUGCCAGAGAACCGGAACGAUCACGAAGAAGCACGAAAUGCCACUGCAAAACAUUCUGUGGGUGGAAGCUAUUGCUCUUCCAACUAAUGAUGCAAAGGUGGUGGUAAACUUUGUCAAGAAGCACAUCUUCACCCGUUUUGGAACUCCCAGAGCGUUGAUCAGUGAUGGAGGUACGCACUUCUGCAAUAAACUGUUGAACAACGUCCUUGCAAAGUAUGGGGUCAAGCAUAAAGUCUCCACUGCCUAUCACCCACAGACGAGUGGUCAAGUGGAGGUUUCAAACCGAGAGGUCAAGCAAAUUCUUGAGAAAACAGUGAGUGCAAAUAGAAAAGAUUGGACCGGGAAGUUAGACGAUGCAUUGUGGGCGUACCGAACAGCAUACAAAACUCCCAUAGGUGCUUCUCCGUAUAGAUCAGUGUAUGGGAAGGCAUGUCACUUGCCCGUCGAGCUUGAGCACAAGGUCUAUUGGGCAAUAAAGAAGUUGAGUAUGGAUGGGGAUUUGGCUGGAGAGAAGAGGUUGCUGCAACUAGAUGAGCUCGAGGAGUUUCGAUUUCACGCAUAUGAGAAUGCCAAAUUGUAUAAAGAGAAGACUAAGAGGUGGCAUGACAAGCACAUUCAACUUCGAGAGUUCAAACCAGGGCAAGAAGUUCUUUUGUUCAAUUCGAGAUUAAAAUAUUUUCCUGGAAAGCUUAAAUCUCGUUGGUCGGGCCCUUUUGUUGUGGUAAGCGUGAAACCUCAUGGAGCCGUGGAAUUGAGAGAUAUGAGUUCAACUAGAACUUUCUUGGUGAACGGUCAGCGGAUAAAACAUUACUGGGGUGGUGACUUUGCACGUCACAAGACCUCGAUGGAUUUGAAGGAUGCUUGA